CACAGCCUCCCCGCCCACUUUCAUCUGCGUGUUUGUGAAAAAUGUGGCUUGUUCCGUAUUCUUGCCGCUAGUUUGUGAUGGCCGUUUCCUAGCUGAAUUGAUAAAAAAAACUCGUUGCGUACAGGACAAUAUGUUCAUCGAGAUCACGCCGGCAUAAGUAGCGACUAUCCAAGGGUACAAGCAGUCUUCUGUUAGAAUGUGCAUCGUAGCACAAGUGAACUGGCAGAGGAUGAAGAUGAGGAUGACUACUCAGAGCUCACCCCAGAUUCUUCGGGGACCACAGGCACAUCUGUGAAACUCUGUGCUGGGCUGGUCAUGAUGGCGGAAAGGAAACACCUGGUCAGAGAGUUUAAUCACUUCAUCACAUGCUAUCUUUGCAAAGGUUACCUGAUCAAACCAACAACAGUCACAGAAUGCCUGCACACUUUUUGUAAGAGCUGCAUCAUCCAGCACUUUGAGGACAGUAAUGACUGUCCUAAGUGUGGCAUCCAGGUCCAUGAAACGAACCCUCUGGAAAUGCUACGAUGUGACAACACUCUGGAGGAGAUCAUCUUUAAACUGGUGCCUGGCCUCAGAAAGAAAGAAGAAGAGCAGGAAGCCGAGUUUUGGAAGAGGAAUCAGUUGAAAGACAACGGGCCAGGGGACGGGCUCAGGUGCAAAAAGCAGAGGAGUGAGGAAGAUGAGGAUGAAGAUGAUGACUACCACCGGAGCGACCCACAGAUCGCCAUCUGCCUCGAUUGUCUCCGUAACAACAGUCUGUCAGGGGAAAACACAGUCAAGGACCUGAUCAAGAGAUACAUUCGCUGCUCCAGUCGAGUCACCGUGGGAACCAUCAAAAAGUUCCUCAGCCUGAAACUACAACUUCCAAGCUCCUGCGAGCUGGAUGUUCUGUGUAAUGGUGAGAUCAUGGGAAAGGACCACACUCUGGAGUUCAUAUACAUGACCCGCUGGAGACUACACGGUGACAACGCUUAUCCUAUGGUUCUGGAAUACAGACCUAGAAUAGACUUUGGGUAAGCUGAACACGAUUUUGGGGAAGAUGACACAAUGGCCAAGCGCCACUUUUUGAGAGAAGGACUAGAAAGACUUGAUUAUGGUGGAGUAUAGACUUUUCAAAACCCUUUUCAGUUGUUUUUCAUCCUUUAACAUGAGGUUGACUUGAUGUUUUUCAUCCUUUAACAUGAGGUUGACUUGAUGUUUUUCAUCCUUUAACAUGAGGUUGACUUGAUGUUUUUCAUCCUUUAACAUGAGGUUGACUUGAUGUUUUUCAUCCUUUAACAUGAGGUUGACUUGAUGUUUUUCAUCCUUUAACAUGAGGUUGACUUGAUGUUUUUCAUCCUGCCAUGAUUUCUUUCUUGUUGCCUGUGCCCUUCCAGUUUUGGUGCCAAAGUCUCCUUCAACAUUUACUGCAAACUCACACUUAGUUUAGUUAUAGGUGUAUCUCUCUCAAUGUCAUUAUGCAAGGUUAUACUUACAUGAGCUAAGCCUUGGACUGUUAAUUUAUGUAAUUAUGUCAACAGAACACUGGAAAUAAGAAAAUGUAUUUUCCAGGUCUUGCUCAAUAUCUUUCACCAAGAAAUUUUGAUGACAAUAUAUUUCUGAUUAGUUCUUCACACUAAAUAAACAAAUUAAACACAACAUCACAGGACAUCCACCAACAGGUUCCAAAGGGUCUGAAUCAUAGACACACAUCUUGGCUCCUGGUCCAGUUAAUAGCAGGUUUGACAUUCACUUCUGCAAGCAGCUAUUAGACGACUACAGCGCUUGGAUGCCUGCAAGAUAGAGACAGGAACACUCACAGGAGAGAUUCGAUCAGCCUGAGAUUGAUGUAACUGCUAUCCCAUGUGCAGCUUUAAAGAUACGCCUGUCUGUUAUUAGGCUGUGCAUGUUAAGCUUUGUGGCAUGAGAUACUAGUACCACUGCAUCAUGACCUCUGUAAUUCCAUACAAUACAGUGCCCAAAAAGCUGUCUAGCUGCUUCUUACGUUAAACUGUUAAUGUGAUGUUCAGCCUCUCAGUCAAUACACACUGGUGUUGGUAGAUAUGUCUGUCCUACUGCACUUGUUCCUACUGCACUUGUUCCUACAGUGUGUUCCUGGGUAGACUGCAUUAUUACUGUACUGGCGUCGGUAGCAGUAAAGUUUUUGUAUAUAGACAAAUCAAUUAAGCAUGUACAUAUUCAAAUUGUUUUAUGAAUAAUAUAUUCUAUUUUUAAAUGUGUGUACCUGUGCCUGAGUUUUUGGGGGAAGUUCUAGAAGUUUAGUCUUUUUCUGUACCUAGCUAUUUGUAUUCUGUUCAGGAAUGAAUUAAAUGUUUUUCACUUUGCUUCAUGUA